CAAAUGACGUCUCGCUGUCAACAAGUCGUCUUGUGUUGUUUCUAAAAUUGAAAACGUAGAAGUUGUCAAGUCAUAAUUAUUUCAAUUAUUUGACCCGCAACAUGGCUGAAUCAACAUUAUCCGCCGGAAUAUUAACAAAUAUUUUCUUUCAAAUAGUGCAGAGCCCGUUGAAUAUCGCCUUAGUCGGCAUAAUAGUGUUUUUAGUGUACAACAUAUUCAAAAGCCGCAACAACAACACGCCAGUUCGCCCGCCCGUGCCGGAAUUGCCGAAAUUGAAGAAGAGAGAUUUUACCGUGGAAGAAUUGAAGAAAUACGAUGGUACACAGGAGGAUGGCAGAGUAUUAGUCGCUGUUAAUGGGAACGUGUACGACGUGACGAGGGGCAAAAGGUUCUACGGGCCAGGUGGUCCGUACGCGGCCUUUGGUGGUAGAGACGCUUCAAGAGGUCUGGCUACCUUUAACGUUACGGCGGCAGGUGAAGGCUACGAUGACCUGAGCGAUUUGAGUACAAUGGAAAUGGAUUCGGUUAGAGAGUGGGAAUCGCAGUUCAAAGAGAAAUACGAAUUCGUGGGAAGGCUUCUGAAGCCCGGCGAGCAGCCCACGAAUUAUUCGGACGAAGAGGACGAACCACCGACCGGGACGAGCGACAAACCAAAAGACGAAUAAAUAGAAUUGCCCUUUACAAAAAAAAUAUAUAUAUCCAGAUACAAAGGCUGAGACGGUCGCGAGACCGUUCGUUUCGAAAUUUUAUUAGAAUUACAUGGGACAUUAGCAGGGCUGGACGUGGCAAAUUAUUUUUAAAGCUUUCCUCACAUCAUCUAUUCCGAGUUUGAACGGUGGCGAUUAAAACGCGAUUAAUUUUUAAUUAUUGCUACUUGUUGAAAUGUCUGGUUUCGAAUUGUCCGAUGUAUUUCUAAUUACUAACCCGCUACAGAAAUAAGAAACAUCCAGCAACUUAAUUUUAUCUUAAUUUUUUUUUGUUGAUUUGUAUUCGUAGUUUUAACGAAAUUAAGAGGAUGCGGUUUUUUAUAAUUUAUUUAUAUUGUGUAAUUUAGUAAUGUGAUCGGUUCAAAAUAUAUAUAAAGUUGUUGUUUUUACGAAUUGUUUUUCGACCAGCGUAACAAUUUUAUUGUACACCGGAUAAUGUAUGUAGAUACAAAAUUGAAUUUUAUACCUGUAACAAUUAAUUUUACCGGGAUAUCAACAGGAAAUUAGAUCGAAUUGUUGCGCUGAGUCGAUUCGCAAUAUAAAUACUAUUCCAAAACCAUUUGCAUUUUGUAAAUAUUAAUUUUUUGUCAAGUUUAAGCAAAGAUGAACGGAAUUUAUUUUUUUUAUCGUGUGUAUAUUCUAGAUGUACUCGUAGGUAUAGCAAGUUUUGGGUUCUGUGAUAACGAGAAUUUAUUAUUCCGGAUUCAACUACAGCGUCUUGUCUUCCCGGUAAUGAUGAAGAUUCGUUGAUUGAUGAAGAUUCAACACAGGACUGUUGGAAUGGUUCACUAAAUUUAUCAAAAAUUUUCCGCUUCGUAAUAAAGCUGAGUGUUUAUUAUGGGAUUGGUUUUUUUUAUUAAUUUGUAUAUUUGGGUUUUAAUAUGCUUUUAAAUGCGAGUUUAAUGUAGUCGAUGAAUUAGGUACAUUUGAUAAAUCGAUAAGCUCUUGUAAUAUUUUAAAUCGUUUCAAUUCUGGUGGUUGAAAUAAUUUUAGAGUAAAAAAGGGGAUUCCGGAGGUUUUAAGGAUAUUUACUUACCUCUUUUAUGAAUGUAUGUAAACGAGGGCACGCAAUGUUAACAAGACUAGCUACAAAUUAACGUAUUUUUCGCUAUUUCGAAGAAGCUAGAGCUGUUAUAAUUUUGAAUAUUUACUUGUUGCAUAUGUUUUUUUUUUCAAAUAAAUAUACUGAGAUACGAAUUCGUU